CGAUCUUAUUUGUUUGCUUGCAGCCAUCAGUUAAUGAUGCCAAAUGAACGCAACCUGAGCUGGAUGCUGUGAGCCUCUUUUCCCCUUCAUGUCUCCGCUUGGUCCUGGGUGCUUUGCUUGAGAGUUAGGGUGGGAUCAUUUGGAGAUGGACUCAAAGGUAGGAGGCUGGGGUUGUCCUCGCCCACCUUCCCGGGACCUUGUUGCCUGGCUAAAAGCCAAGCAGGAUACAUGGAUGCACCUUCUGCAACAUGAAUGCUCACAGCUGCCAAAAGACGUGGUGUCUCGUGUUUCAAAACUCUUUGUUCAGAAGCUCAGUCAGUUUGCCUACUGAUCUUGAUGACAGAUGUCAAGGGUGGCAGCGGCAUCCAAUACUUGUGGCAUCUUAUGGCAUAUGAGGUUGAGUGAUUACUAGCUGUUGGCCAAUCUUUGGUGCAAUUCCAAGCUUCUCAGGACAUCUCAGGACCUAUUCCCGCUAACAGUCAAAGUGAGCGUGUGUAUCGGUCCCAGUGCUUUGGUCUUGUUGCAGUGUCGCCAGCGGCUUGCUCAUAGCUGCGCAGAGCAAACUCUGCGGAGCUGUGAUGAAAUAAGCUUGCAAAGGUGACACUGCAAACAUGUAUUGUUAUCAAAGUUGAAUCUCAGACGCAGAAUGGAGCUGGUCCAUUUCCUUCUGCCGGCUUUCAUGUCCAUGACCGUGGAAGCUGAAAGAAAGUCAUCAUCAAAGGAGCGAACUCCCAACCAAUGGUAUGAAGAGUUGCUGUUUGCUUGAGAGAUCAAGAAGCUCUUGGACACCCUGGUGACUUUUUGUGCUGGAAGCUUUUUGUGGCUCUCAGCACAGAUCCGGAUCCCCCAAUUUGGAUUCUGCUGUCCACUUCGAAGCCAUGUUUCGAGUGCUGCUGCGCUUGGCAGUAGUGCUUCUUGGGCUAACUGUGGGCCAAGCGGGUGCUGAGCUUUGCCUCGACGAUGGUGUGCCAGAAAGCCAGCGAAAGUACAUUCAGGAUGAUUCGGGCAACGACAUUCCAAUUGGAGUGAUUGAAUGCGGCUGGGCAUCUUCCACGUUUCUCAACAACAUGGCACUGAUGAUGAUUCAAGAGGUUCUCGGUUUUCAUGCAGUAAUCGAUCCCCGCGUGGGCGCCAGUGGAGCCUCUCCCAUCUAUGCAUUGGCCGGAUGCGUCGACUUCGACAAUGCCAAGGAAAAGAAUUGUGGCUCAGAAACGAAGAUCCAUGUCAGUGUGGACUCCUGGUCUGGAACCCACGCUGCAGCUCAGCAGAAGUUUGCGAAGGAAUACCCAAGGCUUGCAGCCGAGGAUUUGGGGAGUAUGGGAUAUUCGGGCGAAGAGUCCAUGUACGUGAGCCAUGAAAUUCUCCAUGCUGCCUACAGUGACUCCGGUCUUGCCUUGGACUUCUACAAAAGCUACAACACUACGCAUCACGACCCAAAGAAAUACUUCGACUCAAUUCACGAUGUGGACAUGUCAGAAUUGGCAUUGUGCAACGAGACGGUCAUGAGUCAUCCGAAUCGAAUGGGAAACUAUGCUCGCUUUUCUGGCGACUACGAUGGGGUUCUGAGCCAAGCAGACGGUUCAUUCAUCGCCAAGUGUUCAAACAAUCGUUGGUGGUACGCACCUGCAUGCCGCCAGAAUGCCUCCACAUGCAUCCCUGUUUUCACAGGAGGGGAUGGUUGGAAGUUGCAGGCGAUGAUGCAGUGGUCAACUGCAUAUGGAAUUCCAGCCGCCAUCGCAAUCUCCGGAGGAUGGUCCAUGUUUGUGAAACACGUUCAAAGUCAUCGGGCUCUCCAUUAUUGGUGGGUUCCAGAUGCGACCUUCAUCGACAUGUUGCCCGAGCAGCUGCAGGUUGCUCGUCAGAGUGCCAAUGAGUGGCUCGCGGGAGACAAGAAAACGGGAGGCCAAGGAAGCUACGUGUCUAAGAUGGUUAGCAACAACUUGCAAUCGAAGGCUGGCCGUGUCCGCGAGUUCGUGUCCAACAUCAAUUUCGAGCUACCGGAAGUGCAAAGCCUUCUCUUGGAUGUUCAGCGGUCAGGUUCAAGCUACAAUGUUUCCUGCAAGUGGAUGCGCGACAAUCGAGCCAGGUGGUCAGCAUGGAAACCAGUGGAGACCAGCUGCUACGAAGGCUUUGGGUUGGUUGAUGCUUCCGGGAGCUUUGUCUCCAACAGGACAACCGCAGUUGGAUGUGGACUUUGUCAGGCUGGAACUGCAUCGGAAGAGCUCAUUGAUGAUGUGGGAAGGACCUUUCAAUGCAAGCCUUGCCCUCCUGGCUACAGCCAACCAAAUACUUACUCCACCCAAUGUGAGCCAUGUCCCACGGGCACCUCAGCCAGCAUGUAUGGAAGCACAAGAUGCACUCCGUGCAAUGAGGGAGACUAUCAACCAGAUGCGGCUCAGACCUCUUGCAUCCCGUGCGGCGCUUCCCGAACAACACUCUUGUUGGGUGCAUCAUCUGUGGCAGAUUGCGUUUGCCAAGAAGGGAAGAUCGAGAAACUUUCCACAUGCAUGGAGUGUGAUGAGCAAAGCAUGCAUUGCCCGAGAGGUAGCACUAUUGAGAAGCUUGAGGCAGCAGACGGAACUACAGACUUGAAGAUUCCUUUUGUGAAGAAAGGUUUCUUCAGCAAUCCAGAAGAGCCUCUUGACACCUACAGAUGCACUGCGGAGCUCUUUUGCCCCGGUGGCUCCCCAGGUGUUUGCUUUGGAGACCGCAAAGGCUUGACUUGUGGCGACUGCGCUGAUGGAUAUUAUUGGGCUUCCAACCAAUGCGAACCUUGUGGAGCGGUGUCAACAGCAUGGGCCUUGUCAGUGACUUUGGCACUUGUUUGCAUUUUUGGCUCCUACUAUAUGCUAACCUCGAGCUAUACGGCAAAAGCCAGUGUGAUGAUGUCCACCACUGCAGCCUUGGGAAUGCUAGUGGCCCUGUUCCAAAAUCUCGGCGUUUUGAACACCGUUGCUGUGCAGUGGCCAGAUGGCUUGGAAGCGAUCCUGAAUUUUGCCUCACUCUUUACCUUCAACCUUGAUGCUCUUGGCCUUAGCUGUGCUGCCGGUGGUAAUGUGGGCCGAUAUGUGAGCACCGCAUCUUUCUUUUGGAUUGUGACUCUCGCGUUGCCCACUGUUGGUUUGCUCACGAACUUCAUUCCCAUUCUGAGGAGCCGCCAGCUAGCAUGGGAGAAGAACAAGACAAUCAGCACGCUGGGACAGUUCUUGCAGGUUGGCUUCACGACCAUGUGCAAUGUUGGCGUCAUGCCUUUUAUGUGCUACCGACACCCUACUGGUCAAGAAAGUAUCUUGAAGUAUCCCAAUGUAUUCUGCGGGACAGAUGAGCAUGUGAUCAUGAAAGUCUUUGGAGCCUUGGUGAUCUUGUUGGCCGGCAGCUUCUUCACAGCAGCUUGCUAUGCGGCCUAUCAAGCGCCCAAGUGGUCAGGGAAAGCCAGGCUGGCAUCCAUUCGCUUCUUGGUCUUCCGCUUCCGGCCCGAUGUGUGGUAUUUCGGCUUGGUCCUCUUGGCUCGAGGACCUUUGCUGUCCUUGCCCG